CCUCCUCCCCCGGGACGGCGGGAGAGCUCCGGUCGCGGUCCUGCCGAGGCUGCGGAGCGCGGGGACCCCUCCGGCCGGGCCGGCCCCCCCCGCCACCCGUCCCCGGUGCGCUCCCCCCCGGGCAGCAUGAAGGGGUACCUGGACCAGCAGGUGCCUUUCACGUUCCCGCAGCAGCCCCCCGGCCAGGCUGUGCUGGGAGCGGGGAAGAUCCCCGGUGAGCCGGGCGUGCCGCCGCCGCAGGACUCGGAAGAGCUCUUCCAGGACUUGAGCCAGCUCCAGGAGACCUGGCUGACUGAAGCUCAGGUUCCAGACAGUGAUGAGCAGUUUGUGCCUGACUUUCAUUCAGAAAACUUAGCUUUCCACAGUCCUCCUGCUCGGAUCAAAAAGGAGCCGCAGAGCCCCACCCUGUCCUGCAGCCACGAGCAGCUGUUCCAGCCCCACAGCGAGCAGUGCCUUUACACCAGUGCCUACGAUCAACCCAGACGAGUUGGAAUCAAGUCCCCCAGCCCAGGAAUCCUGACACAGUCACCACUCCCACAGUUCCCUGGACAGGACAGGAGCUUCCCGACCCCUGUGGGGCCACCCCACUCCACAUCCAGCUGUGGAUACCUCAAUGAAAACAGCUCUGCCUAUCAGCCACCUGGGGAGAUGUGCCAUUCUUUCCCCUCCUCCCAAGGCAUGGCCCAGGAAGACCCCAUUGCCUACCAGUGCCAGCUGUCCAAGCCCUCAUGGGGCUUCAAACAGGAGCACCAUGACCCACGAUACGAGCAAGAAAGCCAGGCAGGCUCCAGCAGCCACCAGUACCCAGCAGCUGUGGUGGUCAAGCAGGAGCAGGUGGACUACAUGUACGACUCAGAUGUUCCUGACUGUGCUUCCAUGUACAUAAAUGUUGAGAGCUAUCCAAGCCAUUCAAACACAGAAGACACAUUGGGUUGCAGCUACAACAAGCAGAUGAAGUCCUUUACUGAUGAUGUCUGCGUUGUUCCAGAGAAAUUUGAAGCAGCAGACAUCAAGCAGGAAGCUGGAGGAUACCGGGAAGGACCUCCAUACCAAAGGCGGGGAUCUCUCCAGCUCUGGCAAUUCCUUGUGGCUCUGUUGGAUGACCCGACCAAUUCCCACUUCAUUGCCUGGACUGGCAGAGGGAUGGAGUUCAAGCUGAUUGAGCCAGAAGAGGUGGCCAGGCUGUGGGGGAUCCAAAAGAACCGUCCAGCCAUGAACUAUGACAAGCUGAGCCGAUCCCUUCGCUACUAUUACGAAAAAGGCAUCAUGCAGAAGGUGGCUGGGGAGCGCUACGUGUACAAGUUUGUGUGUGAGCCCGAGGCUUUGUUCUCGCUGGCCUUCCCCGACAACCAGCGGCCGGCGCUGAAGGCAGAGUUCGAGCGGCAGAUCAGCGAGGAGGACACGGUGCCCCUCUCUCACCUGGAUGAAAAUGCCACUUACCUGCCAGACUUUGGGAGCUUCCCUCCACAGCUUUACAGCAAGGGCUACACGUACUAGCCCUGGUGACAGCACGGUGCUGUGGAUGUUGGUUCCAUACGUGGCUGUGGGUAGGAGGUAGCUGGUUAAGUGGUCAGGUGGUAUCAGCAUUUUUUCAGGCCAGCACUAAGCUAUGAAUACCUGCGUUGGUCAGGACAAUGUUCAGGUGCACGUGUGGAUGAUCACCUCUCAGCAGUGUGCCUGUGAUUAGACCCCUCCUGUGUGUCAGGACGGGACACAUCCUUAGCCAUGCAGACACAUCUUCCAAGCAGUGGAGCUGCAGCUUCAGCAGCACCGGUGCCUCCAGCUGGAUCAAACACCCUGGUGCAGCCCCUCUCGUUGGAGAGGGAGGGGAUGCUGUCCCACUGGGCUUUUUUUUCAGGUAUGAGAAUGCUGCAAGGCUGCUGCUGACUCUAUUCCUCCAGUUCAUGUGCUGAACCUCUGUGGAACCUGCCCUCAGCUCUGACCACAGGGACUCACCUCUGGAAGGCCAGUCUUGCCUUCCCAGGAUGGCUGCAGGGUGGUGGUCACAGAUCUUAUAGUGAAUGUGCCUGCUCCUGCCUGUGAUCACCUCCUUGCUCAUUCUAGGGCUUUCUGGUAUUCAGGCACUCUGAGCAGGGGCGCUGGAAGCACUGGCCAGGGUUAGAGCAGUCCUGGAGAACACAACACACCACCAUUCAGGGGAACUGGAGAGGUGCCUGAUUGCAUUGGUCUGACACAGGUCAGAACCAUGGCCAGUUAGAGGGAUUGUGGGAAGCAGCAAGGCCUGAGACACCAGAUUUUCCAAACCGAACCACUUCUUCAACAAACAUCCUCAGGAUCUUUCAAGACCUGUCAGGCUCUUGAGUGUGCCCAUCCUGGGCUUGGCCAGAAAAUCACCCGAGGCAAGACAAGAACCUGGUGGAAGGUGUGAUAAAAAUGCUGUACAAAGUAACCUAAACCAUACAUAGAUCUUAAUAUUGGAAUUCAGUCUUGAACUCCACAAAUCUUUGCAUGUUUGAGGGGAAAUCCUGGUAUGUUGAAAAGGCAGCUCCCUCUGCAGGACUGACAGGUUUUCCCCAACAGUGAACAUUUAUAAUGAGUACCACAUCCUUAUUAAGAGAUGUCUUUAAUUUAGCAGCUCCAACCACGUUCCCAAUUAGACAAGGAGCAGUACAGUGUACCCAUACAGAAAAAAACUUGUUUCCUACUGCUUCAUAAUGAUUUUUCAGCUGCUGAAUACAGAGCAUUGCCAACCCCACCAGCACGGUAGCCUGUGGAGAAAAUUCUGCAUAUUGACUGAAAGCCUGAUUUCCCCCAGUGACUCUCCCCUGCAUGGCUAAUGCCAACCCUCCCAGCCUUGUCCCCGAGCAAGAGAGCCAUGAAAGGCAGCACUCCCUGCCUGAGGAGAGGCCAGAUGCUCAGAGCAGCCUGUCCUGGGUUCUGUGCACUCCAGAGACUUGGUGUUCUGGCAGCUCCUGCCCCUCCUGCCCUGCCCUGUGCCCACCCACCCACCCACCCAGCAUCCCAGAAGCGAGGGUGAAGAACCACCCUUGGCUAUAAGCUGCCUUUACUAUUUAUGAGUGUAAAAAUACUAUAAUUAAUAAAUUGGUCUACAUCUUUUGGCCAGUGCAACUUCAUUGAGCCCCUGACUGGUCCUCCCUUCCCUCCUGAGCUUGCUUUUGCACAGCUCCUUGGCUUGGCACCAGCUUGCAGCUUUGGGCAGCUGAUCCAGAGGGCUCAGGGGUGCAUGUUUACUUCUGAAUCGUGAUGGGAGUUCAAGAAACGAACACUCUGCUCCCUUGACACGCUCACAGGACCAGGCCUGAAAGAUCACAGUGAAAUAUGUGACCUCCAGCUGCACCUGGUGUCAGGGGAACAGUUCUCUGCAGCUGCAGAGAGCACCUCCCACGCUCCACACUGAGCCAAGCUCCACGGUUUUAAUCAGCUUUUUCCCUGAAUUUCAGCUCUGCCUCAUGCAGCAGCACUUCCAGGGGAAGUGAGCAGGUGCUCACAAGUGUUUAGCUAGACUGAGAGGCAGCUGACAGGGUGGAGGUAAAGAGAGAAGUCAUAAUUUUCUCCUGAUGGUCCUGGAAAUGGCCAGGAGCUUCCAGAAGGAAGAUAAGCAGCUCCCAC